AUGGCAGACCUCGAGAAUCGGACAGCAUCGGCGCUGUCGGAAACCUCGGACUCAUCCUCAGCGGAGGUUGAGCUGAUCGUGCCUCGCUCUCCUUCUCCUGAUGACACAUCGGGUGCCGGUUCCACGGUCCAUGACCUCCCAUUCGAUAUAAUCAAGGAAAUCUUCACGCACGUUGUGAAAGAGGAUGCUGAAGAGGUCAUAGCAAUCCCCGACAGCGACGUGCAAGCCCACGUUCUCGCAUACGAAACGCUUCCCGCGGGGCCAGAACCCCGUCUGUCACGGUGUCUCGCCAGCGUGUGCGGGCGCUGGCGCAGAUACGCGUACGACGUGCCCUUCCUAUGGAGUCGGAUCACUUUCAGCAACUUCGUGGGCCAUCCGACGUCAGGCGCUCUUGCCCUCCCUUCCGCCUACUUCGGCCGCUCUGUAGGUUACCCUCUGCACAUUGAGUUCGUGCACGACAAGCAUCGCACGUCGAUGUCAUGCGCCGAGGCUGCAGUCGACCUCAUUAUGGACAACAUCCACCGUUGCCGAACACUCACGGUUGUUCUUCGGUCGACUUCGGUCCCUUAUUUCGUUAACAGGAUUAGCCUGGAGCGCCCGCCAGCGCCUCUGCUCCAGCAUUUUCGAUUUUCCUGUCCAGAGCAUACUGAUGCCCUGGAUGGGCUACCUGCCCUAUUCGCAGACAACUCACCCUGCCUGAAAGCACUACAUUUAGGCGUGCUGGGAAAUUCCUCAAUUCAUUACCGUGGCGAGUCCUUUCUCCCACAACAGAUCUCAGCGCACAAUCUUGCCUAUAUACGCCACGUAUCUCUGAGUCAGUGGGCUCCUGCUGUUAGCACGCAAUGGGCACUGCUUCCUGGUGUCAAGCAUCUGACCCUCUCCUAUGACGCUUCAGUUCGUGUAGCCCACGCCAUGAACGUGUUGUGGGUCCCGGACGUCACUAGUCUCGUUCUCGAUUUAUCCAAGGGUAAAGACCAUCCGGACUACACGGAGGUCAUCCAACACUGGACCAUGCCGGGAACCCACCAGUCCGAGUUGCUGUCUCGCAUCACUCAUUUGACCAUCAAAAGGGGUCUGGCUUGCAGCGCCAGCGCAGUCAACAGACUGUACUCCUCCAUGACAUCUUUACAACUGCUGUACCUCGACGGAUGGCUCCCUGAGACCUUCAUCCAGAAGCUCAUGCGCCCCAACCUCCCUGCAGGACCUCAUUGUCCACAGCUUCGAAGCUUUGCCAUCCGCGACUUGCGGACGACGUCGCUUCGUGACCUGAAGAAAUUGGUCGAAGCUCGAAGGGAAGUGGGUUUCCCGCUCUGGCACUUGGACGCCCUCCUACAUAACUUUGCAUAUACCAACGAGGCCGACGAAGAGGCAGAUGAUGAGGCGUGCUUGUGGUUGAACCAGAAUCUGCAUUGGUUCAGGCUUAGACAGUGGAAAUUUGCCUGGGAAGGAUGA